AUGCCGCCCUGGCCGCCGGGGCUGAAGCCAGAGCCUCCCCAGCCCCCGCUACCGCCGCCAUCAUUGCCACCGCAGCCGCCGCCGCCGUCGCCGCCGCCUCUCUCGCCUCCAGCAACGCCGCCGCCGCCGCCGCAGCCGCCGCCGCCGUCGCCGCCGCCUCUCUCGCCUCCAGCAACGCCGCCGCCGCCGCCACCGCCGCCACCAAAGCCGCCGCCGCCUCCGACGUCGCCGCCGCCGUCGCCGCCCGCCCAACCCCCCGCCUUCUACGCCGACUUCGUCGAGAUGCUCAACGAGACGGUGCGGACGGGGUACGAGACCGUGGCGCCCGUCGUCAAGGAGCUGGAGAAGGAGCUGGGCGCGCUGCUCCCUGAGCGGUGGCCCCAGAAGGUCGCCGAACACGGGAGCGCGGUGCGCGAGUGGAGCCUGCGCCCCCUCGGCGACUCGCUAAAGCUAAACUUGGACGACCGGAACCGGACAUCCACUCCGAGUGCUCUCCCCCCUCUCCUUCGCGAUCACGUGGUAAAGGCGGUCCGAGCCAUCCUCGCCAAGUCCCCGCCUGAGUUGGCGCUGGGAGUAGCCGGGUGGCUCUUCCUGGCGCUCUGCUUCUACCGCUGGCUGCUGGCCGGCGGCGCAAGCCGCCUUCACAAGCGGGCUCGUGGAGCCCGAACCAAGGAGAAGGCGCGGGGCCGGCCAUGCCAA